GGGCUUCGCACCGAUGGAAACGAGAUCGGGGCGUCGCCUCAGCUCGCCUCCGCCGCCGCAUGUAGCUUGCCACGGCCGUGGUCCACGAGAUGCCGACCUAAUCGGCGCCCUCCCCGAUGAUAUCCUCCUCCUGGUGCUGGUGCGCUUACGCUGCGUCCGCGCCGCCGCGCGCACUGGGCUCCUCUCGCGCCGGUGGCGCGGCCUCUGGACCUACCUCCCGGAUCUCACCUUCCGCGGCGUCCCGCCCGCCAAGGUCGAAUCGGCGCUCGCCAGUUUCGCUGCUUCGCCGGCGGUGUCCCUCCUCGACAUCUGCAUCCGGGUGGGACAUACAGCCGCCCAAGCCAACUCGUUGCUGCGCGCCGCCGCUAUAGUCUCUCCAGCGGAGCUAUUCUUCGACUUCCCGGGGUCUAGUAAGUUAGUUUUGAGCCACAUGGACCGCAUCGAGCUGCCCUGCUUCGACCGCACCAUAUCGAUCAAGCUGGAGACCUGGCUCUGCGUCAUGCCGCCGCCGGCCGGCGAGUUCACUGCGCUGGAGAGGCUGUCCCUCAAAGCCUGCAUCCUGGACCUUGGGACCUUUACGCCACAGUCAGCCGGCGAGUUCCCCGCGCUCAAGACGCUGGCCCUUGACGGCAACAUUGUCGACCUUGGCACCUUCCUGAACCGCUGCCCACGAUUGCGCAACAUCAGUAUCACCUUUCAUGGUGUUGAGCCCGACUCACACAAACCAGCGCUGGCCACACUCGAAGCUGUGGCGGCACACGGUGGUGUCUCGGUGUCCCUACUCGGCAUCCACCUCUGUAGUGCACAUGGUACCGAUGCCACCCUUCUCCGCGCCGCAGCGAGGCUUUCCCCGCAAGAGCUCGUCUUCACUCACCUAAUUGACACACUAUAUGACCAGAAGUAUAGAGAUGUCGACCUGCCCUGUUUUCCCAAUGCCGUCUCGAUCAAGAUUAAACUGUAUCAAAUCUGCUUCACACGGCUUCUUGGUGGCAAGUUCUCCAAGCUCGACAGUAUGAUCCUUAAAAAAUGCAUCAUCAACGACCUUAGCACCUUGGUUUCCCUCUGCCCAUGCCUUCGUGUGCUGAAGGUGAAGGCAGCUAUGUCCAAAUGUGAGAUCACGAUCCACUCAACAUCGCUGCAGGAGCUUGUCCUGGAUUACUAUACGGAAUGCCGUGGUGUUGACAUUGUGACUCCCAUGCUUAAGCAAUUGACUAUGGAUUUUGAGGCCGACAAAGACAUCAAUGUGUUCAUAUCGGCACCAAUGCUGGAGAAUGUCUCGUUGGAACGCUCUUAUACAGGUUUGCCCAUUGUGUUUGGUUUUUGGCACCUUCACUCUCUGAGCUUAGAUAGACAGAGGUUUGUCACAAACAACCAUGCCCUGUAUGUUUUCAUGUAUGCUUUGGUAUGUCUUUUGCCCUGCUCAAUUUACUUGAUUUACUGGCUAAAUUGGUUUUAUGUAUGACACCCUGCCAUACUGUUUUGCAGGAUUCCUCGGGGGGUACCGAACUGGACUUUGCCCAAGAAAUAGAGAAAGUUCUGAUUACUAACUUCUCUGCCUUGUACCUAAGCCUCAAGCCAAUAGGGCACAUGUAUGGGGCAACUUUGUUGCAUCUCUUUAGCGUGUUCCGGGUUCAUAUUGGUUUGAAAAUAUUGGAGGUCAUCCUACUGAGUCCGGGGAAGUCCGAGGUGGUACAAUCAUGCCCAGGGAAUUGUCCAUGUGAUUCUCCCAAAAAUUGGAGAAGCCAAAGUAUCUCCAUGGUUCAUCUAGAAGAAGUGGAAAUCGAAGGCCUAAAAGGAGAAGAUCAUGACUGUCUUGAAAUUGAUUCUUAGAUGCGCGCCGUCUCUUAGAAGGAUGACCGUGGAACUGGAAACUGGGAUUAAAUCACUUGGCCACGGAGAUUGCACCAAGGAAAUCAACAGCAUCUCACUGGAGUAUCCUUACGUGGAUUUUCAUGUUUAUCACCAAGGAAAUCAACAGCAUGUGUUUUCAUCACGCUCCUAGGGGCUAAAUCAUAUGAUGUGACUCUGGAGGCUGCACCUGCUCUAAGAAUGUCUACACCAUCUCCUUGGGGUAUCCUUCCAUGAAUUUCCAUGCUCGGUUCUCUGGUGAACUUGGUGCUGCAUGCAUGUCCAUCAGAGAUGUCUGGUAUUCAUUUGAAGAACCUAAACUCUUGCUAAAUCUCUUUGAAC